AUGGCAGGUGUCCACCCUCAGGACGACCUGCUGAAGAUGACACACAGAGAAAACUGGAAGGUACAACAUGAGCGUCUGCACGUGAAGCACCGGGGUCACGAGGCCAUGCACGCCGAGAUGGUCCUGAUCCUCAUCGCCACGCUGGUGGUGGCUCAGAUAGUCCUGGUGCAGUGGAAGCAGAGGCACCACCGCUCGUACAACCUGGUGACUCUUGUUCAGAUGUGGGUGGUCCCGCUUUACUUCACCAUCAAACUCUACUGGUGGAGAUUUCUGUCCAUGUGGGGCAUGUUCUCCGUCGUCACCAGCUACGUCAUCUUCAGAGCCACUCGCAAGCCGCUGUCCUGCAGGACGCCGAGGAUGGUCUACAAGUGGUUCCUGUUGAUCUACAAGCUGAGCUAUGCAGUGGGCGUCCUGGGAUACCUGGCCAUCAUGUUCACCAUGUUCGGCUUUAACGUCUUCUUCAGGAUCAAGGCGGAGGACUCUAUGGACGUAGGUGUAAUCAUGCUGUUUUACGGGCUUUAUUACGGCGUCAUGGGCAGAGACUUUGCUGAAAUCUGCUCUGACUACAUGGCUUCAACAAUCGGGUACUAUAACAAGGGAGGCAUGCCCAGCAGAAGCCUGACCAACGACAUCUGUGCGGUGUGCGGUCAGAGGAUCCUGGUGGACUUGGAGGAGGAAGGAUUCAUAGAAGACACUUACCAGCUCUCCUGUGGACACAUAUUCCACGAGUUCUGCAUUCGCGGUUGGUGCAUCGUGGGUAAGAAGCAGACAUGUCCGUACUGUAACGAGAAGGUUGACCUGAAGAGGAUGAUGAACAACCCCUGGGAAAAGACACACGUCCUGUACGGGCAGCUGCUUGAUUGGCUCAGAUAUCUGGUUGCCUGGCAACCCAUCAUCAUCGGUAUCGUCCACGGGAUUAACUUCUCCCUGGGCCUCGAAUAGAGCCCCGAGGAACUCCGCUGUGUUUACGUCAAGGAGUCGUGACAACUUUGAGAAACAUUUGGCAGUACAGUGUCAAAGUCAGCGCUGCAAGGAACUGACUCAGGCUGCUGCUUCUUCUUGAAGGCUUUUGUUUCCUCGGUACGUGUUGUUUGACUGAACGCUUGCACAGUUUCCAGCAGAGUGCUCCCUGGUGGUUUGGGUCUCUGUUUGAGGACACUGUGAUGCCAAAAAAAAAACUGCUGCCAACUUGAACAAAAGUAUUAAAGCACAGAUCCAGUAUUUGAUUGACACAAGAAAGAUAUGUUUACUUUGGACCUCGCUGUCGUGCAUGUUGGUUUUCAUUGUGAUAAAUCAUUGCUUUACUUUGUAAUGUAUGUAAAAAAAAAAAAAA